GAUGCAGUUAUGCUGUUUGUAGUAAAUAUUCUAGUUUAUCUCAUGAAAUGUGAAUCACGUUGCAGCUGCAUAUGUUUUGAUUAGAGCUGAAAUGUGCAUUGCAACUAGGGGAUGAUUUUCAAUAAAAAGAGAGGUGCGGCAGAAUGUGCUUUCAGAAUAGGUGGAGAUUGUAACUGAAGCACAUCUCUGUCUGUUCUCCUCGCGAGCAAAAAUAAUCUACAGUAACUCUCUUGUCUUUUCCUGUUUCUUGCAUUUUUUUUCAAUGUUCUAGGUGAUUCGAACCUGACAAUAAGAAACUGUGGAAAAGUUCAUCCAUUUGCAAGGUGUUGCUUAGUGACAAUUUCCCACGGUUUCAAGGCCCAGUAUACACCUACGCUCUCAGCUGUGUGUGAACAAUAGCAAUAUAAUUGAUACUGCAGAGCUAAACUACUUGUCCGUUAUAAAACUCAUACAGAGUUCUCAGACUGCUCCUCCACCUGCUCCUCCAUCAUCACUUCAUUAUCUUUCUGCAGAACUCCACAGAACAGAACGUCCAUGUUUGGACCAACACAGACCUUUAUGAGGCUGCCAGUGUACCCUGACCAAACACACACACACAGCGCUGCUUCUUUGAUUUUCCUUUCAUAUACACUGACCUGCUUUGUGUCUCCUGCUGACAGGUCUACCUGAUCUGUUCCCCAUCACAUCCCCGUUCAGCUCCCAGCUCCACACCUGCUGGUCUGAGAGCAGCAGAUCCACGGAUCAGAUAAUCCACAUGUCCACCGCUGUAUAUAAGAGCGGCGCAUUCAAGCCCCGGAGACAGACUGACAAGUUAUCUAAAGUAAUAAUAUUGAGUUCAUUUUGAAAUAUGUGUAAGGGACUCUCCUACCUGCCUUCCUCCUGCUUGGAGAAGGCAAAAGGGAUGCGAGUGAAGCUGAGCCACCUGGCUGAGAUCCAUCACAAGCAAAGGGUACAAGAUGGAAAAAUCCUUCAGGAUCUGGAAACUCUGCUGGGCAGCAAAAUCGGUCUUCAGGCGUUUCGAGGGUUCCUGCGUUCAGAGUUCAGCGAGGAGAACCUGGAGUUCUGGCUGGCCUGUGAGGACUACAGGGUUUCCCCUUCAAACAUGCAGAAGACCAAAGCCAGCAGCAUCUACAACCAGUUCAUCAACCCCGACGCUCCACUAGAGGUGAACCUGGAUGCUGAGACCCGUGAGGCUCUGCUGAGCAUGAUGGACUCCCCGUGUGCCGACACCUUCAACCUAGCACAGCAGAGGAUCUACAGCCUGAUGGCCAAGGACUCCUUCCCUCGGUUUCUCCGCUCUCACCACUGUGCAGAGGCCAUCAAGGCUUAUUAAACUUCCUAGCUGAAAACGGCUUCAGAAACUAAUCUUUUCUGCUGGACUUGACUGUAAUGUGCAAUUUAUUUUAGCAACACGUUUAGUCAUGCAACAGUCUAUUACAAGCUGUUAGGAACAGUAGCAUUAAAAUGCUUAAAUGUAGAUGAAAAAAAAAAUACUUAAAUAAAGAGUGGGUUAUAUAAAUCUCUGAAUGUUCUGAUUUAUUCAACAUUACUGAAUAGAUUCACUUGUCAAAUUAAGUUUUAAUUUGAUAGAGUUGCAAAUAUAACAUUCCAGAUAUAUAAAGUUUUAACACAGGUUAGGACUGGGCAAUAAAUCAAUAACAUAUAUACACACACAAAAAAAAA